AUGGUCCGAGUAUGUGUGCUACUAACGCCGUGCUUACAGCCGCUUUCUAUCGUAGACGCAAGCUUUACACCAAACUCGCGUAGUGUCAUUCUUUGCUCAGUUGAAAGCCCUAAAGAAAAUCUGCGCUGGCAAUCAAAGAAUGUUCGAGUGAGCAAGCACGCUGGAGAAUCAAAUAACCGCUUUUAA